AUGGUGUUUCUGAGGUUCCUCGGAAUGGUUUUCUUCUGCCACUUAUGUCAGGGCUAUUUUGACGGCCCUCUCUACCCGGAGAUGUCCAAUGGGACCCUGCAUCACUACUUCGUGCCCGACGGGGACUAUGAGGAGAACGAUGACCCUGAAAAAUGUCAGCUGCUCUUCAGGGUGAGUGACCACCGCCGUUGCUCCCAAGGGGAGGGGAGCCAGGCCAGCAGCCUGCUAAGUCUCACCCUGAGGGAGGAGUUCACGGUGCUGGGUCGCCAGGUGGAGGAUGCAGGGCGCGUCCUGGAGGGCAUCAGUAAGAGCAUCUCCUACGACCUGGAUGGGGAAGAAAGCUACGGCAAGUACCUGAGGCGCGAGUCCCACCAGAUCGGGGAUGCCUACUCCAACUCCGACAAGUCCCUCACGGAGCUCGAAAGCAAGUUCAAGCAGGGCCAGGAGCAGGACAGUCGACAGGAGAGCAGGCUCAACGAGGACUUCCUGGGCAUGCUGGUCCACACCAGGUCCCUUUUGAAGGAAACACUGGACAUCUCCGUGGGGCUCAGGGACAAGUACGAGCUGCUGGCCCUUACCAUCAGGAGCCAUGGGACCCGUCUAGGGCGGCUGAAAAAUGACUAUCUCAAAGUGUAG